AUGGAAAAUCUUGGCAACGAUGCACGUAAAAUUAUGAUAAUAGCUGGCAUAAUCAUAUUUAUACUUGGUUCAAUUGGAAAUAUUUUAAAUAUUUGUGUAUUUGCAAUAUGGUCUCGUCCACGAGCAAGAAUAGAUGAACAUCAAACUGUCAGUGAAACCAAUAAUAUUUCAUUAUAUUUACUUGUAUCAUCUAUAGCCAAUUUAACUGUCGUUCUUUAUCCAUUAUUAACUCGAGUCAUACUUGAUGGUUAUAAUUAUACAGUAUCUCCAAAUAAUGUUUUUAUAUUAUGUAAAUUACGUUUUUUUGUUUUACAUACAUUUGAUUUCAUAUCAUUAGCAUCAUUUUGUAUGGCCACAUUUGAUCGAUUUUUGAUAACAUCACGAGAUGUUCAUAUUCGGCGUUUGAGUACAACAAGACAUCGAACAAAACAAAUUAUUUUAGCUAUUUUUAUUAUAUUUAGUUUGCAUAGUUUACCAAUAGCUGUUUAUUUUGAAGUUUCAAAUACUGGGCAGUGUGACAUAAGUUUAAGUGAAUAUUCACAUUAUUAUUUAUAUGUUUGUCAAAUAUUACUUCAUGGUAUAGUACCUAUCAUAUUUCUUUCAAUAUUUGGUUCAUUAACAUUAAAACAUUUGAAAAGACUUCAAAGUCAAACACAUACUCAUGGUCAUUUAAAUCAUGACAAACAAUUAUCUCAUAUACUUUUCUUAAUGUCAUUUGCAAUCAUAAUGUCAUCUAUUCCAUAUUGUAUUGAAAACGUUUAUUAUAAUAUGUUUUAUGGUAACAGUGUUCAUCAAUCAUCUUCAAUUUCUCUUUUACAUGUUAUUUGCACACUUUUAUUUUACACAAAUCCCGUAUCAAGCUUUUAUGUUUAUUUUAUUUCAACACAAAAUUUUCGUGACCAAAUAAAAAAGUUAAUUCGACGAAAUAGACAUGAACAUUUUGUUGUUCAUAACCAAAUACAUACAAUAACCGUUGCACAGAAUAUUCAUUAA